AGGGAAGUAAGAUAAAAUGGCGUGCAUUAAAUUAAAGAAAUUAGAAGAAUAUUUACAAUCCGUUGAUGGAUUUGAGAAACCGAAAAUUUUAUUCGAACAAUAUGAGACGCCUUCACACAUUGCCAGCGUCAUGUUAUAUACAAUCCAAACCAAAUAUAAUGAUAUUGAGAACAAACUGGUGGCCGAUUUGGGCUGUGGAUGUGGAAUGCUGAGCAUUGGAUCGUUUCUUUUGGGCGCCGUUCAUACUGUCGGUUUUGAUAUCGAUCCAGAUGCAUUAGAGAUAUUCCGUGCAAAUGUUAGUGAAAUGGAACUACCGGGAGUCGAUUGUGUCAAUUGCGAUGUUGUGGCCGAUCUAACCAGCGAAUCAUCAAAAUGGCGAAAAGCAUUCGAUACAGUUCUAAUGAACCCUCCAUUUGGUACAAAGAAAAAUGCCGGAAUGGAUAUGAAAUUCAUUUCCAGCGCUUUUAGUUUGGCCAAAACAGCUGUUUAUUCACUACACAAGACAUCUACUCGUGACUUCAUUCAACGCAAGGCCACAGAAUUAGGAUCCAAAGCUGAAGUUAUUGCAACACUCAAAUACAAUUUGGAUUCGAGUUACAAAUUUCAUAAAAAGGCCACCGUUGAUAUUGAAGUAGAUUGCUGGAGAUUUGACGUUAGUAACAUAGAUAAAUAAGCAAAUUAAUAAACAUUUGCUAGAAUAAUAUUUUUAAUGAUUAAUUCAGACGUAUUUUACUUGGAGAAAUAUCUAUAAAUAUAUGGGGACUAUCAAUUCAUUUUUAUCAACAAAUAUGUAAAAAAUAAAAUCAAUUUUGUCGCAUUUUUAUUCAA